AUCUCUUUGAGUCUCUCCUCCCUAUUAAUUUGAUUCCCCACCACCGCCCCCUCCUGCUGCUUCAUUUUCUUAACCUUCUUAUCACCUCUCUCUCCCUCCCUCCCUCUCUUUCUCUCUCUCUCUCUUUCUCUCUCUCUCUCUCUGUGUCUGUUUCUUUCUCUUCUUUCUUCACAAAUUCCACCACCCUUUUGCUCAUACUCCAUUCUAUAAACUUUGAGUUGACAUGGGAAGGCAUUCUUGCUGCUACAAGCAGAAGCUGAGGAAGGGCCUGUGGUCUCCUGAAGAAGAUGAGAAGCUUCUGAAUUAUAUUACCAAGCAUGGACAUGGCUGCUGGAGCUCAGUCCCCAGGCUUGCAGGUCUUCAAAGAUGUGGGAAGAGUUGCAGGUUGAGAUGGAUUAAUUACCUGAGGCCUGAUUUGAAGAGAGGAGCAUUUUCACUUCAGGAAGAGAACUUGAUAAUUGAACUCCAUGCAGUGCUUGGUAACAGGUGGUCUCAGAUUGCAGCUCAGUUGCCAGGGAGAACUGAUAAUGAGAUUAAGAAUUUAUGGAACUCUAGCAUUAAGAAGAAGCUGAGACAAAGAGGCAUUGACCCGAACACUCACAAGCCACUCUCUGAGGUUGAGAAUGAUAAAGAAAAGAAAAUUAUAAUCAGUGACAUAGCCUCUGGAGAUCACUCCAAUGAGCCUGCGAACCCGAAACCGCCUUCAUUUUCUGCUGAAAGACACCUCCCUCUUGAAGUUUCUUCGACCUCGAAGAUGAUCAGUAGCAGCAGCAGCAACAACUUGUCUAGUACUCCUCACACUCAGGAGUUUUUUCUGGAUAGAUUUGGUGGUGCCUCCAAUGAUAGUUCAACCACAAGUUGCAGGCCUGAUUUGGUAGGUUAUUUCCCUUUCCAGAAGAUGAAUUAUGGGCCUAAUAUCGGGUUGUCGGUUAACGCGAAUUCGUCGCUUUGCUUCAAUCCAAAUUCCUCCUCUUCUGAUCAGAUGAUUUCUGAGUUUAAUUCCACCAUGACACAAACCAUUCUCCCUUCCAUUUCAGCCUCAAUGUUCCAAACUCCAAUUCGCGUAAAGCCUUCCAUUAGUCUUCCUUCUGAGAAUCCUUCGAGUGAUAUCAAUGGAGUCCAGAAUUGGGAAGCCAGUAGCUUCAGUAACCAUGGCAGCACCAGCAAUGGAAGCACUAGUAGUAGCAUUGAAUUGCAAAGCAACAAUUCCUUCUUCGAGAGCAACACCGCCGCCUACUCAUGGGGACUAACAGACUGCGGAAAAUCUGGUGAUCAAGAAGACAUCAAAUGGUCUGAAUAUCUCAACACACCAUUCUUCCUUGGAAGCACAAUACAAAACCAAACCCCUCAGCCUAUGUACAGUGAAGUUAAACCAGAAGCACACUUUAUAUCUGAUGGAUCAAGUGCCAGUUGGCAUCAGAACCAGCAUCAACAAACUUCACAGGCUUCAGAUGUGUAUACUAAAGAUCUACAGAGACUUUCUGUGGCUUUUGGACAAACCCUUUAGCUUGUAGUUGUCUUGUAUUUAGCAGGAGCAGAGUCUAAUUGAAGGAGGGAAGAGAGAAUCACACAAGUUUUUUUUAUUUUUCUUUUCUUUUUUUUUUUUUUUUUUUUUUUUUUUUUUUUUUUCUUUGCUGAUGGAUUGUAAAAGGUAUCUUCUUGUACAGUGUGUGCCAUAGAAUUUUCUUUUGUUUGUAAAGUUCCCUUAUACAAAAAUCUCCAUAUUUGUGUUGAACCAAGCUUAUGU